UUGGCUCCUCCCCAUAUCACCCCGGUGGUGGUACAGUUCCAGCUCUCACAUACAGUGCUAAACUCUCAGUUGACGACACAAACACAGUCUUGGACACAAUGGUGCAGCAAGUACUGUACAGAGCUCUGGUCUCCACCAAGUGGCUCUCAGAAUCUGUCCUGGCCAAACGGAUUGGGCCCAGCCUGCGUGUGCUAGAUGCAUCCUGGUACCCUCCUGGGGAGAGGGACGCCCAGCAGGAGUUCCGAGACAGGCAUGUACCUGGCGCCUCAUUUUUUGAUAUCGAGGAGUGUAAAGAUAAGUCGUCGCCCUAUGAGCUCAUGCUGCCCAGCGAGGCACACUUCGCCGACUACGUUGGGCAUCUGGGGAUCAGCAAUGACACGCAUGUGGUGGUGUAUGAUGGGGAUGACUUGGGGACCUUCUAUGCACCCCGAGCCUGGUGGAUGUUCCGGGUCUUCGGGCACAGAAUGGUCUCUGUGCUGAACGGCGGGUUCAAGAACUGGGUGAAGGAGGGUCACCCUGUGACAUCAGAGAUCAGCCGGCCAGAGCCAGCAGUGUUUAAGGCCACCUUGGACAGGUCCCUGCUGAAGACCUAUACAGACAUGGUAGAGAACAUGGAAUCCAAGCAGUUCCAGGUGGUGGAUUCCAGAUCUGAGGGGAAGUACCGGGGGACAGAACCAGAACCAGGGAACGAAGGGCUUGAACCAGGUCACAUCCCUGGCUCGCUGAACAUGCCCUUCUUUAAAUUCCUCACUGAAGCCGGCUUCGAGAAGAGCCCAGAGGAGAUUCGGAGCAUGUUCCAGGAGAAGAAGGUGGACCUCUCGCAGCCACUCGUUGCCACGUGCCGUAAGGGGGUCACAGCGUGCCACAUUGCCCUGGCAGCGUACCUCUGUGGCAAGCCAGAUGUGGCCAUCUAUGAUGGAUCCUGGUCAGAGUGGUUCCGCCGAGCCCCGCCAGAGCACAAGCUCUCUGAGUGGAAGCGCAACAAGGCAUAAAGGAAGAGAUGUUGCAAUGCAGUCCUUUAGCAUUCAUUGAGAGUGGCGUUUAUGAACUGUCUUCAUUCAAGGGAGCUGGAAACGAGGGGAAGGAACGUAAUAAAUUCUCUCUCUGUUAUAGUUAAUCCAGUUUUGUAAGAUCAGUUAGUAGGUUUUUAGUCUCUUUUUUAAUUGCACCACUGAAUAAAAUCUCUGCUUUCCGA